GGGCAGCCUAUAAAUACGAGCGGGCGGACGUUGGGCGGAGAGUUUCGAGCGAAGUGCGAGAGGUGUCGAUUCGUUAGAGGAGGACGAAGAAGCAAAACGACUAUCCUUUUUACUCUUUUUGGCCGCGAUCGUUGACGGAGUGGUAAGAUGCAGAUCUUUGUGAAGACCUUGACUGGCAAAACCAUCACUUUGGAGGUGGAGCCAAGUGACACCAUUGAGAAUGUCAAGGCUAAGAUCCAGGACAAAGAAGGCAUUCCUCCUGAUCAGCAGAGGCUGAUCUUUGCAGGCAAACAGCUGGAAGAUGGCCGCACUCUGUCCGACUACAACAUCCAGAAGGAGUCCACCCUCCAUCUUGUGCUGCGUCUCAGGGGUGGAUGUUAGAUGCUACGAACACCUUUGCAAGUUGCCAAUAAAUAGCAUUUGUUUGCACUGUAGAAGUUCCAUGUCUUAAAUAUUGUAAGGUAAAAGCAGGUUUCUGUAACCUCUAGACUUGUUUGUGUACAUGCUAAUAAAGGUUUCCUGUUGCACAUUGA